GGGGCCGCAGCAGCCGAGCUCGUGGCAAAGGAGGUGUCGGCCCGUGCCUGCCCCACCGUGUGUCGACGCGCCCGAGCGGGGGGCUCCACCACCAUGCAGCGCAGCAGCGACAGCCGCCCGACGAAGGGGCCCAGACCCCGCUGAGAGCCGCCGCUUCGGGGUUAUACGCCGAGGGCCACGGAGCAGCUCGGGGUUCGUCGGGACCCCCGCGCGGGCGGCCAUCUUGAGCGGGAGUGCGGCGCCCGUGCCCUUCAGGGUUCCCCAUGGAGACGAAGGAGCGGGACGAUGCAGCGUAGACGAUGCGCGGUCGGCUCUGCUUGGCGCUGCUGCUGCUCGUGCACGCGGCUCUCCCGCUGCUCGCCGAGCCCGUGAGCCGAGCCAAGCGGAAAAGGGAGGCAGACUCGGCCUUUGAUGAGCUUCCAGACAACAGCAGGCUGCUGGUGGUGGACCGUCUCAAGCGGUACCCUGAGAACGAGCGGCUCAUUGCCAGCAUCCCCAGCCGCAUCUAUGAGGUCAUCUACCCCGUCCAGGUUCGGCACCACGAGAAGCUCGGCAUCUCCACCAGGGACGCCACCGCAAACAAGACAAACAAGCAUUUUCAUCAAACAUCGCUGCUCAUCAAGGCAUUUCAUUACAAGUUCCGGCUGGAACUUGAGCUCAAUGACUACCUGCUGGCCCCGAAGAUGCUGCAGAAGCACCUGCACCCGGACGGCAUCUGGCAGCUGUCGAGCCAGGAGGUGGAGCACUGCUACUACCACGGCACCAUCAAGGACUACCCGGGUGCCGUAGCUGCCUUCCGUACCUGCAGCGGGAUCAGUGGCAUCAUCCACAUCCGCAAUGAGACUUUUGUCAUUCACCCUUUCUAUGGAGGUGACCUUUCGAGGUUGCAUCCCCAUGUCAUCUACAAGUACUUCAAUGUCAACAAGAACCCCUACAUUUGUGGAAACUCGCGAAUGCAUGAAUGGGGGUUCAAACACUUCCGCAAGACCCUUCCAGUGCCACCCAGAUUCAAGACGAGGAUCCACCCUCGGGCUGACAAGAGAGAUGUGCGAGAGGUGUACAAAUUUAUAGAGCUUGCCCUCGUGCUGGACCAAGCCAUGUUCGAUGCACGCAAUAGCACGAAGUCGGAAGUGAUGAGUGAUGCCAUCCAAAUCGUCAACUGCGUGGACAUGUACUUCCGGACGGUGAACACGCGUGUGUCCAUUGUGUACCUGGAGACGUGGGCCACGGGGGACCAAGUGGAGCACACCAACGACAUCCGCCAGGCUCUGCUCAACUUUGUCGACUACUCUUCCAAGAACCUGUACAAGCAGGCCGUCGACGCCACCCACCUGCUCACGGGGCGUCACUUCCCCAGCCGAGAGGUGGGCAUGGCCAUCCCGGAUACGGUGUGCACGGCCAAGGCAGUGGGCAUCAGCCAGGACACCAACGUGUACGAACCUCAUCUGGUGGCCAGUACCGUCACACACAUGUUGGGCCAUAACCUCGGCAUGAGUCACGACGACGGAGGGAACUGCCAGUGCCAGGAUUCCUGGGGAUGCAUCAUGGCUCCAGGAAUUUUAGGCACCAACCACAUUCAGCCAUAUCAUUUCUCGUCGUGCAGCCUCGAGGAGUACAUCAACGCGCUACGGAUUGGGCACGGCAUCUGCCUCUUCAAUAAGCCAGGACAGCUGGAAGACUUCCGAACCUGUGGUAACGGAAUCAAAGAGCAAGACGAAGACUGCGACUGCGGCACCAUGGAGGAAUGUGCCAAGGGCGAUCCCUGCUGCGACCCCAUCACAUGCAAGCUGCGCGUCGAAGCGAACUGUUCUGCGGGGCCUUGUUGUGAGAACUGCAAGCUGCGCUCUGCGGGACAGCUGUGCCGCACUCCUGAGUCCGAGUGCGACAUUCCCGAAUUCUGCGAUGGCCGUUCGGGCGAGUGCCCGGGAAACAUCUACAAGAAGAACGGCCAGGAAUGCAAGAAAGGUAGUGGCUUCUGCUACCGGGGAAAGUGCCAAACUUCGGACGAACAGUGCGAGUACAUCUGGGGCUUCGGCGCCAAGCGGUCGGACGAGAAGUGCUUUGGGGAGUUCAACGUCCAGGGCAGCGUGAGCGGCAACUGCGGCCAAGAUGGCCGAGGCGGCUACCUCAAGUGCAGCCGGGAGCACAUGCUAUGCGGCACCCUCCAGUGCCAGAGGGGCACUCGCACCCCCCUGGUGGUGGGCAUGGAGAAGCUCUACACCCGUACCAUCAUCUCCAUCGAGGGCUCCGAGUUUGAGUGCAAAGUGUCCACGGGUUCCAUCAGCUCCGACAUCCCAGACAUCGGCAUCGUCUGGGACGGGACCAAGUGCGGACCAGCCAAGAUUUGUGUCAACAAGUCCUGCCUUCCCGUGGAACACUUCCGUGAGCUGGGCGUCUGUCCCAGCAACAACCUGCAACUCGCCUGCUCGGGCCACGGAGUGUGCUCCAACGUGAACACGUGCUACUGCGACGAGGGCUACCUGGGGCCCGACUGCAGCCAGAGGGCCAACGCCACGGAGCCGCCCACCCUGGCUCCGGCCGCCACGCCGGCCGCCCCCCACGCUCCUCCGACCACGGCAGACACGGGCGCGCAGACCAACAAGAGCUUAAAAACAACCUCCUAUGUGGGCAGAAAGGAUGCACUCAGCACCCCCUCCCUGGUGAUCGUGUUAGUGUCUGUAGUCGGCGGCGUGUUCAUCUUUUUUGCUCUUCUUGCUACCUGUUACAGCAGGAGAAGCACCAUGCCCAAGCUGGAGCAAGCGCCGGGCCCCAAGAAGCCCCCGGGGGCCAGGCACAAGGUGGCCCUGCCCCCGGCUGCCAAGAAGGAAGAAGACGGAACGCACGGCAAUGCCUCCUCAGCCGCGGCCGCGGCUGCUGCCGCGGCUGCCCUGGACAGCCGCAUCAUCACCUUCGGGAGCAUGCCCUCCUACCGGGAGGACAAGCUGCAGGAGCUGAAGCGCAAGCAGUCCCAGUCGCUGCAGGACGAUGGAGAGAUGGAUGAGACGUCCACUUUCAUGGAGCUGUCCCCUAACAAUCUGGCCAAGGACGGCGCCCGCUGGGGUGGUCACCCCGGGGACACCCUGAGUGAAGUGGAGCGCACGCUCAAGAGCCUCAACGGCUACCACGAGGAGAUCCUGGAGGCCCUCCACUCGGCCUCGUCCCAUGCCAGCCCCGGACAGGACUCCCGGAGGGACCUGCCCCCGAGGGCGGGCAUGCUGCCCCCGGACCCAGACCAGAGCCCCGGGGAGCCCAUACGCAUACGGAACCUCGAGGAUCUGCUCCGCCAGCUCGAACCAGCGGGAGCGCUGGAGCCCGGCGGAUCCGAGCGGCUGAGCGAGCCCGAGGCAGACCGGCACUACCUGGACGGUGGGUCCCCCUACGGCCUGCGCUACCUGCUCGAAGACGCCUACGCCCAGCCGGACGAGGAGGAGGAGGAGAGCGAGGACGGGGCCACGGCCCUCUACGCCACAGGGGGCCCUCCGCCCCCACGCCAGCGCUCCGCCAGCGAGGAGGCCCUGCCCCAGGCCCUGGCCGCCUUCCCGCACUCCCUGCCCAGCCCGCCCUCCGAGGAGUCCGGCUCCCUGGAGGAGAGCGCCUUCCAGCCGCCCCUGCUGCCGGGACCCCCCCGCAGGCCCCGCCCCAAGAAGAAGUUCCCAGAGUACAAGAUGACUCCCGUGGAGCAGCCUCACAGGAGGAACUACUACAAGUGAUGACGCAGCGCGUACUCGCAGUUCACUAGCCUCCGGCGGUCCAGGCCCAAUGCCCAGCCGAACCUGCGGCGCCGGCAGUGGCAGUGGUGGGGUUUGCGGUGGCCGCGGCGCCAGUGGUCGGCACCCCAGCCCCCUCCCCACCUUUGUCCCCGUAGAGCCACGUAUCCGUCGUAGCUCGUCUCACUCUCUCUCUCUCUCUCUCUCUGUCUGUGUGCAGUCUUUCGGUCGCUAGCGCCUGCCUCGCUCCUUCACCGCUCUCUCAUUAUAAACUCACUCGGUCGUCGGCAGCAUGUGGAUUUAUUCUGUACUCUAGUGCGCUCUUCCUUUGUACUCACGAACGAAUUAAACGACGGACGUUUCCUGUUUC